AGAAACCUCAACAAAACAAAGAUGGCCAAUAAAUCUGACAGAGGAUUGAAUAUGUAUACGGAUAUAAUCAUUUCCAAGAUUGAAACAUGCUACAGUAUGUUUGGUCUGCUUGUCCCUCUGAUUGCAAACCUCACUUUCUCUCCCCCACACACAACAUGAAUGUAACCCAUGAGGCAACUUACGUGACUUCAUGUCAGGCUUCUCCCGAGCUUUGAGCUUGUUCCACGUUUUGAUUUAGCUUGGUCAGAUCGUUUCUGUCUCUCCCGCCUGCCAAGCUCCGAUCGGCUCCUUCCCUCCGCGCGUCCUGCUCACCUAUUCGUAGUUUUUCCCUCGGUACAUAUUUUAUGAAUUCAUUUGUCUUGGUUUGUCAUUGGUCCUGUGCUCUGUGUCUGUGUACGCGAAUUAAAUAUUCGUACGAAAAACACCUCCAGGCUAUAAGUACGAAACAAAUCAAAUGAAGCUCAGCGAGCACGGCCGUAAGUGAGCCAUCUUGUGUCGCGCGAUGACGUGCAAACAAUUUCCUUGUGCGCCAUUCAUGCCUCGAAACCUGGUGUAUAAUACACACAGAAAAAUCACAAUCCACAAAAUAAUAAUUAAAAAAAAGUUGAGUCGCUGAAAUAGCGAUAAUCUUGUCCGAGUUUACUCAAAUACUUCGGGCCUGUUCAUUUGAACACAAAGCUGCGAUUGUGUUGUAUGAAUAGCAACGGUUUCAAUUGCACCUUCGGCCAUUUCAUUUUUUCCCCCCCUGCGUGUCACUAUACGUCAUUGGCUUAGAUAGAUGAACAAAGAUACAUUAUUUGUCGUCAAAUAAAUCCUUAUUUUCGGGGUGAAUCGAGUUCAUUUGGAUCAUUUCCCGAUGUGGUUGGGAAUCACUGCGCUCGGGCGUUCAUGUCGGCUUUGCGCAAACUCUACAAAUCGGCACAGGCGGCAACAUGCGCUCACACUUUGUACUUAAGUCGAAGUGCAGACACUCAAUCAAUCGAAAUCCUAAGCACGGCAAGCCCGUUUCGACAAAGUAAGCGAUAGCAAGUGCAGAAAUGGCUUUUCAAAUGUCAGGAAUACAAGUGACAAGUUUUCAGAGAAAUAAAUACUCAAGUAAGAGACCUGAAUCCUUUUUAGUCCACAGUAACGAAGUAGUCGUACUAAUUCCUUCCCAAGUUGCUACCACCGCAAAUUGCAAACCCGACGUUGUCCAAAUUCGUGGACUGAUACGAUGACGCACUGAGGCUCAAAGGUUCUGCAAAAGCCACUUCAUUCAUUUCAGUGACACGUAGCCCAUGUUGCGUGAAACGGUGAAUCAUGAACCAUGUGCAUCACUUGGAGACCAGCCCCAUCCUUAUAUUCGCACACACACACACGCACACGCACACAAACGCGCACGCGCGCGCGCGCAACCACGCCUCUCGACGCAGACUCAGUCGUGAUCUGACGUCGCCCUCCUCGUCCUCCAUCACGUACAAACACGCCCACGCACGCGCUGUUCCACAUUCGACGUCUCGGGGCGAAGCAAGACAUGUGAAGCGUCGGAGAGCGGAGAUCGACGCUUGGAGGCUGCAGCACACACCGCCUGCCUCCUCAUCAUCCUCAUCAUCAUCCUCAUCAUCCUCAUCCUCCUCCUCAUCCUCACCUCGUCUUCAUCUGCUCGAGUGCAUGGGAAAACGGUUGUUUUGCAACGUCACACUGAAUGGAAGGCGUUGAAAUCCCAUUAAGAUGACCCGGACACAUCCCCCUGAUAUCCUGACAUCAGCGCUGUACCGGGACCUUCCUCUAUAUCUAACCGCCGAACACGUCGUUUCUCCUCACUCUUCUUUGCAAUGUGACUCGAAGAUGAUUGAUAAAGCAGAAAUCAUCAACAAAAGACACUGCCGCAGCUUUGACUUCCUUGAAUCACUGGACGACCCACAGGCUGCGUCUUCCCCGAUGGAGUGUCCUUUUAAGCGGCCGGAACAGCAGACCUUACGCAAAGAUCUAACCUGGAAUGGACAAGAUCAGCCGGGAUAUCUCCGCUUCUCAUCUCCGGAUUUGUUUAACUCCAGGCAAAUCCAACCGCACACCAUCCAAGACAAAAGCAGCCACCUCACGUGGUCGGAUUCUGUAAAUAGAAAAAGAUCUAGAAGUGCUCCCAGAAUCAAAUCCACUCUGACUCCUGUGCCCAUCUCUGUGUCUCCACUGGAGGCCCACAAAGACAAGGAUGCGCUCGAAACGUCGAGGUCCUCUGAAACGCAAAGGGAGGCAUAUUCCUCCAAUCGGGCUUUUUGGAACGAGGUCCACCCCAAUAAGCUGCAACCCCAUUCUCCCCUCUAUGUGUCUGAUUGUUUUGAUGAGGGUAAAUCCGAAAGAACAGCGGCAACACCUCACGUCAGGUGCCGCGUGGACAUUAAACCGGACGCCGCCGUCCUCCGACACACAUCUCGGCAGGUCCCCGGUCUCCGGCCUGAACGACUCGCUUGGCAAAGAUACUCUCAGGCUAGUAGCAGUCGAGGUUUGUAUGUACCACGGCAGAUUUCCUCACCUACGCCGACUCCGAGCGAAUGCUACAAUGGAGAUUUUAGACAAGGACAUCACUACGCCGCAAGCGUGUCUCCUGUCUCCUACCAGCAUCUAGACAUGUACCGGAUGUCGUCACCAACUGCAAUGUAUCUCAAUAAGGAACAAAGAGCUUACUCCAACCCAAACAUCCCAACAAAGUUAUUCUACACAGAGGACCCAGUUCGAUAUUCAGCUCAUCCUUAUUCAAGAGCAUAUUUUCAGAAUGAUAGGUCCAGUUUAGCCAGCCGUGGAAGUACGAUGACGAGUCAUUAUGAUCCAAGGACUCGAUGGGUACAUACCCUUCCUCUCAGGUCAUAUGGCACGGACAAUUUCUCAAACCGCGAGCCCUCACACUCUGUAUUCAGUACACCGUACCCUACAAGUGAGGCAGGCUCCUGCUUUUCUCCAACCCCCUCAAGCUCUUACUUUGGGGAUGACCCCCGUUUCAAUCCCUACCACCAAAGUUGCUCAAAUGUGUAUUGUAACAAGCCGUCGAACUCUCAGGAGGAGCGCUACUUUCCAUCAAGGCAGUACCACACGGAAGGGCGACGACGCCCUCGCAUGUCGCAGGCUUUUUCCGAUGACUGGUAUCACUCGAGCAUAUCUGCUUAUUCCAACCAGUCAUCUCAGCUCACCCCACCAAGGGUACGGACAGACACGGGUAUACCCCCGUGGUAUACGACCUACAGCGCGGAGCCGAGUCGACUUAGGACGGAGGCCAAAAACCACUCCAAGUCUUGGGACAAUAUUCUUUAUCCCCACAAUGACAGAGAGCAAUCGGUGCCUCGUGGAAGGAGCUAUGAGAAUCUGUUUUACCAAGCUAGGCACGGGGCGUCUCCCAAUGUCUCCGCUCAACCUGUUAUCCUUAACCUUUCGAGUUCACCGAAGCGCUACGCUGCCCUGUCUCUCUCCGAGACGUCUUUAGAGCGAGGGCCAAGCAAUCCCUGGAAGAACAGCAAGAGUGGCCACUGGUUUGUGACUCCUGAGAUCACCAUAACUGACAAUGACAUAUGUGCGGGCAGCCGUGAGCGGCGUGGCGUGCACGCUGUCAACUGGAAUACUUUGGACAGUGAAAAGAAAUCUGCUGCGAGAGCGAUUGACGUUAAGAAGUCAUUCAACACAGCAGAAAUGACCAAAGAAAGGAAACGUAACAACGUCUCCCUUCAGCAGAGUCUGGAGCAACUUGAUGAGUUGUUAGCUGACUUAGUGGUCGAUUACAAACCACCGACCAGCAGGAAGCCUAGCGGGGACUUUCUGGAUCAGCUUAAACAACUGAUUACUGAAGAUGAUGAAAAAGUCAGGGGAUCUUCUGAGAUGGAAAAUCUUGAAUGUCAGAACACACAGCUCCCGUCUUCUAAAUCCAGCCCUGACACAAUCAAAGACCCCGAUAGCGGGUGCGAUGCGUUACAAAGAAGUGCAGAAGAAUGUUCUCCAGACCACAGCGUGGAGGAAGAGGAAACCAUGGCGUGUGCCAACAAGAGGUGCAAGCGCUCGGAAAAUAUGUUCAAUGCAUGCUUGUACUUCAAAUCGUGUCAUAGCUGUUACACCUUUUACUGCUCACGAAACUGUCGCAGGGAUGACUGGGAGAGCCACAAAGAAACAUGUCUGUACGGCCGCGUGAGCAGCGUGUGUCGGCACGCUAUCAAGUUCUGCAGAGAAAAUUCCGAGAUUCAUAAAGCCUUCUCUCGUAUCGCUAAAGCCGGUUACCUCUCCAGAGGCAGAGGCGUCCUCUUUCUGGGUUUUGCCAAUCCGGAGACCGCUGAUCACUUUCUCCGAGUCGGGCUUGAGAGCCUCGUCAUGUCGCCCACAUACCUGUCUCUCAGAGAGCUGGAUGGCUUUCGGGACAACUUGGGUGAAUACUGCAAGGAACUGCAGCAGGCGGGUCACGAGUAUGAUCCCAGUGAAUGUUUCCUCUUGAAUGUAUCUGUGUCUGUAGCUGUUGGCGAACUAGUGCCUAAUAGACCCUCACCGAGGGUCCAAACACCAACGGUUCGAAAAUUCGCAAAGGUAUCCCUGGCUUCUUCGAGCCCAGAAAAAAAGCUACUGAAAAAGGAUAGCGAAAUGGAAACGCUUAUCCUUACUCCGCCACCGGGAACGCCGGCCGUUGACCAGGAGGGCGAGGAGGGAAGAAAAGCCAGGGAGGUGUGCUUUGUCAACAUUCAGCGGGAGCUCAGGAUUAGGGGAGUCUUCCUUCGACACGAGUACCCCAAAAUCUACAACCAGCUGUGUGAGUUUGUGGAGAGCAACAGAAGGUUCACUCCGACAACCAUUUACCCAAUAGAUAAGAGAACGGGGAAACAGUUUUUGUGCAUGAUCAUGGCUGCGUCGGAGCCCAGAACAUUAGACUGGGUGGACACCCCGCAUCUCUUGGACGAUAUCAUUUAGAGCAGCAUUGGGUAGGAAGAAUAAUCACAAUGUCAAGUACGCCAAAUGUACAUAUUGUAAAUGCAUGCAAUUUGGAAAGUUCAAGUUUGACGUGAAAGAAUUUGCAUACGGCCAAUUUCCCUCCCUGUCUCGCUGACCUCUAGCGCACCUACGUGGACCUACGAUGCACAAACAGCGCACACCGCAUACGCUUUCAUUUGCUUGCUGUGCGACAACUUAAUAGGCUGCAUGUAAACUGGGCACAACACAAGCAACCUUUCUGCUCUACGCUGUACCAAGCACACGACAUUUCUAGUUUUCUAUAUGCACAUCUUCUGGCCUCCACAGUCCUCGUAAGAGACACACACGUGUCUCAUUGGCCAGAAGUCCCACUAGAUUGUAUCUGAAAUUUCCAUUAUACCCUGUAAUGAGAAUAUUACUACUGGUGACUAGUAGUCAGAGUAUAUUCAUUUAGAAAACUGUGUUUGUGUGGCUAUUUUUAUAUCAGUCUUUUAGUUACUGUUUGAUAGAAAAUGAAGUACAAUCAAGGCAGCCUUUUCGUUUUCCAGCUAAGAAUGAAUUUAAGAUGACACAAGUCGUGCUUGGAUAAAGUGCUUUGUUUGAAAGUGGCCUUCGCUCGAAAAGACGUAUUUUAAAUAAAGCAAAGUGCACAUUUUCAAUCUUUCUUCUGGCUUAAAGCAUAGAUUUAUUUCAAUCAAAGCAUCUUAUUUUUAAUUCAGGUAUGUUAUAAAUAAAUUACAUUUGAUACUCAUAAAUAAGAGUACACUUGAAUAAUACAAACUAAUCCUGCAGUGUGUUUUUAGACAAUAAGCAAUACAAGAGUAACAAUA